AGCUGCUCUCUCUUUUGUCAGACUUAGGGUUCAUUCAAUACUUGCUCCCACCCGAAAAACCUUCCUUUUUUUUUACUAAUUUUCUCUCUCUUUCCAUCUCCCUUCCUCACCUACACAUACAUAUAUACAAACAUCAUUCUCUCUCUCUCUCUCUCUCUCUAUCUCUGUAGAAACAUGGGGGAGAAUCGGGAGAUGAUGAUGAAGAAGAAACAAGCUCAUCAUGCUGGCAUGCAUAGAGAUUCACAUAAAAUAUCCAAAGCCAAGCCAAAGAUCCGCAUAAUUCACAUAUUUGCACCGGAGAUCAUCAAGACAGACGCCGCCAACUUCCGGGAACUGGUGCAGAGACUCACCGGAAAACCCUCCGAAACCGCCGCCAAGAAGCCGCAGCCCAGAAAACCAGCAGAGAUCAAGAAAAUGGCGCUGCGAUUGCCAGCUGGGUUUCGAGAGAGGGAUGAAGAAGAUGCAGAAGGAAGGAGCUGGACGACGAGCUCCGUUGACUAUCUCCCCGGAGUUGCAGACUUGCCGGCCUUCAUGCAAGAGCCAAACGACUUUCCAUUGUUUCCAGCUGGUUGGGAGGUUUCUCCUAUCGGCGCCAUGGGAUGGCUUGGAUUUGCUUAAUUAGUCCAAGAGUUCACACGAGACUCGAAUUCGAGACAUUGGGUUCACCAUUUUCUCUCUGCUCUUGAACUUUCCCUUUGUGAUUGUUCCCAGCUGGUUUGGAGGUUUCUCCUAUUGCGGCCAUGGGAGAGCUUGCACUUGCUUAAUCGGGGGCUCACGAGACUCGAAUUCGAGACAUUAGGUUCACCAUUAAUUUUUCAAUACUAUUAGCUUGUCGUUAAGUUUUAACUCUGCUCUUGAACUUAGUUUCUGUGAUUAAUUCAAUCUUCCGGUUUGUAUGACUGUUUAACUUCAUCAUUAAUCAGUGUUUAUAUAUAUACAUACAUACAUAUAUAUGUUUCAUAAUAAUCCGUUGUUUCUUAAUU